AUGAGCAACUUCAUCUCCUCACUAUUAGUUGACCUUGGAAUCCGAGCCCGUCUUCCCCGCCCCGAUCCCCCGCAUGAUCCCGAUUCAGCGAGUGUGCAGAGCGUCCAACCCAAGCUUUCUCCAAGCGGCGACGCCGAACAUCGGACGGUUUGCGAACACGACCGAGAGCGUGGUGGUAGGCAGGAACUGCAUAGCGGAGAUGCGGGGUCCUUGCACGGCCCUCCCUUCUUCAAUACUUUGCCCAAAGAUAUGGAUGGUCGACAUCUAGAGCCUGAAGGCACGCCGGUGCUUCCUAUCCGCUCAAUGCCUGGCCGAAAUGAUGGUUUGUCGGGAUCUACAAACUCAGAGGGUCCUCGAGAUGCGCAUGGCCGCCUGUCGCCGAAUUUACCGAAUAAUUCACAAGAUACGAGAUCAGAUGUGGAGAGUGAAGGAACAAGGCGAAAUGUCAAUAAUGUUGCAGAAACAGUGGAUCCGGGCCAAUUCUCGCUCCCGGCAGAUGAUGGAAUGGGGGUUCUCAGGAGGAAAAUCCAUGCAAUCAGAGAUCUGGGCCUCGACAAUGCCGAGAAAGCACGCAUGAUUCAUGAUCUGAUGACAGAAAGCUACAACUCCUCCCGAGAACCACCGUUGAGCCCCUCCCUGGCAUUGUCGCCAACACCUUUGAGUCCUCUGGAGCAGCCCCUCAGCCCCAAGGCAGAUGACAGUCCACAAUCGCCUAACCAAAUUCCAACGCUACAUCCACUCACAACUUCGGCGUCGCAUUCCCAUACCGAAAGUCACUUUUCCCUUACCGCCGAAGAUUUGCAGCCGACCUUUGUCCCAAAGGCCGAGCCUGAAUCUCCGGUGGGCGAGACUGGAGAUGAAGACCCGGACACGGAGGAAUUAGAAGAGGAAACUUUGGGCUGUCAACACUACAAACGAAACGUCAAGCUUCAGUGCUACACUUGCAAGAGAUGGUAUACGUGCCGAUUCUGUCACGACGACGUCGAAGAUCACCAUCUCAUUCGCCGCGACACGGAGAAUAUGUUAUGCAUGCUAUGUGGUCAUGCUCAGCCUGCAGCACAAGUCUGUCGGCAAUGCAACGAACAAAGUGCUCAAUACUAUUGUGAAAUUUGCAAACUGUGGGACAAUGAUGGCAAGAAGAGCAUUUACCAUUGCAAUGACUGUGGAAUAUGCCGGAUUGGGCAAGGCCUUGGAAAGGACUUUUUCCAUUGCAAGACAUGCUGUGUUUGUUUGCCCAUCUCAAUCGAGAUCACUCAUCGCUGUAUCGAACGGUCUACUCAAUGUGACUGUCCUAUAUGUGGGGAAUACAUGUUUACUUCUCCGGAGACUGUGGUUGUGGUGCGAUGUGGCCAUAGCAUUCACCACAAAUGUCUCUCGGAGUAUUCCAAGAGCUCUUUCCGUUGUCCCAUUUGCAGCAAAACCAUCACCAACAUGGAAUCGACUUUUCGGAACCUUGACCGGACUAUUGAGAGUCAGCCCAUGCCAGCUGAGUUCAAGGAUACAAGGGGCCUGAUUUAUUGCAAUGAUUGUGGUGUGAAAUCAGUUUCAUACAACACAGCCCAGAUCCGACUCUUGCAUGGUGAUACGUCGGACCCGCUUGAGGAGGAAGGUGGAGUCUCAAGUCUACCUCGGCCUCGAUCAUCGUCCUUGAGUGUGAAUGGAGCACCGAUGUCGCCCACGUUGGGGGCUCUGCGCACCGAUACGAACUCGGUGCCACCCUCACGUCUAAAUGUGCCGACAUCUGCCGGAACUGAUAGCCAAUUUUCCUCUUACAGCAUUACUCGCGGUCGGGCGAUUUCGCCUGUAGUCAGCAACUACUUCGGUCUACCGCCCGAGCGAGAAUCCGAGAAACCGUCAUCCUUGCCAUUCUUCGGGAGCUUAUCACGAGCUGACAAUGAUGCCGACAGUGGCGCUUUGAAUUUUCUGAGCAGAAAAUUCGGGUAUGGGACUGGGUUACUUGGCGGGGAGACCGAGUCCGCGGAUGCAAUCUCAGAGGCCGACGGGGAGGACGAUGCGGACUCGUGUGGCACUGCAGGAACAGAUGGCAGCAAUGAUGAGGAGGACGAAGCUGACGAAGACGAUGGUGACGACGAUGAUGCUAUCGACAUUUUUGGGCAUCGUUGA